UUUCAUUUGACCUCGGUAAAUUAGCGCGCUCGUUUGUUGCUCGGCAACCACUCAGUUGUCAAUCAAUAUCACGCUACGCUUUCACAGCAACUUCAGCUGGUCGGGCGGAGGAGAGCGUCGCAUCGCCACGGCAACAAGAGCUGAAAGGGAUGGAGAGGUGUGAGUCAGUCAGCAGCGUCAGUGACUCGUCAAUCAACAUGACGACUGUCAGUCUCAACAUGGAGAGGUUUCACUUCCUGGGGGUCAACAUCAUCGGCCAAGACGACGACAGCGGCGACGGCGCCAUCUACAUCGGGUCCAUCAUUGAGGGCGGGGCUGUGGCGGCGGACGGACGCAUCGAGCCGGGCGACAUGUUGCUGCAGGUAAACGACGUUGACCUGGAGAACGCCACAAGCGAGGACGCCGUACGAGUCCUCCGAGACGUCGUCCGUCAGCCCGGGCCGGUGACGUUAACGGUGGUCAAGUGUUGGCCCGCGAGUGUUUUCAGGCCGCCAAAAGGUGAGCCGGUCCGCCCCAUUGACCCCGCCUCCUGGGUGUCCCACACAACCGCCAUGGCCGGGAAGCUCCUCCCCCAUUACGGCGAAGACGAGCGGCUGAGCGUCCACAGCGACAUGGCGGCCGUUGUCAUGGCGAUGACCAACCCGGAAUCGGGCGUGGAGGUCCGGGACAGGAUGUGGAUCAAGAUCAUCAUCCCGAACGCAUUCAUCGGUUCGGACGCGGUCCAAUGGCUGCACCAGAACCUCCGGGGCUUCACGGACCGCCGGCAGCCUCUCAGGUACGCCGCCAAGCUGCUGAAGCGCGGCUACAUCCGCCACGCUUUCAACAAGGUGACCUUUUCGCAGCAGCGCUACUACGUCCUCGGAGAUCUGUCCGUGACGGGGCCGCGGGGCCGACGCGACGACGCCUACCCGUGGCCCCUCCCACGGCCGGCCUUGGAAGCAGGAAGUCACAGCAACGGCAAGGAGGCGGACGAAUAAACAGGAAGUGACAAAGACUGGAGGUCCUUUUUGCCCAAUCAGAGUCCGACACUGGGGAUCAACACAUGUAUUUAUGCAAAUAAGGCUCCUAUGACAUCAUCAACUAGUAGUACUCUGUUAGAAUAAUUAUGUAUAUAUUAUCACACUAACUUUAUGCUUAAAGGGGAACAUUAUCACAAUUUCAGAAUUGUUAAAACCCAUACUUGCCAACCUUGAGACCUCCGAUUUCGGGAGGUGGGGGCGGGGGCGGGGGGCGUGGUUGGGGGCGUGGUUAAGAUAUAUA